GGGAGCGUGAGAGCGAGGGUUACAUUUAUAUCGUGGGAAAUUGCGAUUGUAUUGCGUUUGCGUUGGAGGGGAGAUAUUUGGGGGGGCUUCUUGGCUGCAGAAGCUCUGGAGACCUUAGCCCAUCCACGGCGAGGGAGGUUAUGCCGGUAGGCUCGCAGGUCUCUCUCUCUGUCCCUCGCUCUCUCUCUGGAUCUGGUCGGAUCUCUGUGGUUUUUUGGAUUGGCGAUGUGAUUGAAUGUUGCACUGGAGUUUGUUUUGAAAGGCUUAAUUUCCUUUCUUGAGACAUGGAGCAAGUGCACUUCUGGUCAAAUUGUCACCAGUAUCGGAUUUUUUCAUUCCAGGAAGCGCUUGACUGGCGGUUUUUCAUUCUUGGAGAUUUCCUUCUUGUUUCCUUUGUCAAUUGCACUUAGUGGCCAGCUUUCUUUGAAUGAUCAGUGCAGGAGGCCUAAUGCAAAUUUUUUCUGAGAUAGGUGUUGGAUCUUUAGUGCCCCUCUACUAUGCAUUGUCGAUACAACAUCCGGUCGAUAUCUUCAGAGAAACAUCGUCUGGGGGCUGAUGUUAGCAAGUAAAGCAAAUGGUAGCUGCUUAUAUAGUUAAUACUAGUCAUCUGUUGCUUUGGAAUCUGUGCAAGCAGACUAAGUAGUUCUUAGUUACUCUUCCUCUGCUUAUGGGUAUCAGUUUGAGUGGCUGUUAUUAAGUUUUUAAUCGACUUGGGUUAUUAUAAUUUGUUCCAAGACGCAUCCUGUUGGCUAGAACGAUAGUCUUUUUUGUUCAGUUUCUGGAAUGGUGUCAGGAUGUCCUUUGGUACUGUGCCAUUCCUGCCAUUUAUGCCUUGCUGCUGUCUUGGAGCUUCAUGUUUAAUAUGCUUAAAAAAUAAGGCUGUGAAGCCCAUCCAUCAGAGAAGUGUUGGUUUUGUGCUCCUGCAUACUGCCAUAGAAGAUUAAUGGUGGAUUAAGCUGGAUCAGCCAGGCUGUUUAUUUUUCACUGUCUUUCCUGAGAGUCAUAUGUUUCUUCUUGAGUUCUUGAAUAACAAAAGAACCACGAGCCAUUGAAAUCUCUGUUAGUGUUCCACCUGCAAAUGGAGAGGUACAAGAUAAUUAAGGAAGUUGGUGAUGGAACAUUUGGGAGUGUUUGGCGAGCUAUAAAUAAGCGAACUGGUGAAAUUGUUGCAAUUAAGAAAAUGAAGAAAAAAUAUUAUGCCUGGGAGGAAUGCAUAAAUUUGAGAGAAGUGAAGUCAUUAAGGAAGAUGAACCAUCCAAAUAUUGUGAAGCUCAAGGAAGUCAUUAGGGAAAAUGACAUCUUGUAUUUUGUAUUUGAAUACAUGGAAUGCAACCUGUACCAACUUAUGAUGGACAGGGGAAAAGCACUUUUCUCAGAAGCUGAAGUCAGAAAUUGGUGCUUCCAAGUAUUUCAGGGCCUUGCCUACAUGCACCAAAAGGGAUAUUUCCAUCGUGACCUUAAGCCAGAGAACUUGCUAGUUACGAAGGAUAUAAUAAAAAUUGCUGAUUUUGGUCUUGCUCGGGAAAUCAGUUCUGAACCACCAUACACGGAGUAUGUCUCAACGCGUUGGUAUCGAGCCCCUGAAGUGCUGCUUCAGUCAUCUGUUUAUUAUUCUUCAGUCGAUAUGUGGGCGAUGGGUGCUAUCGUGGCUGAAUUGUUCACACUUCGCCCACUUUUCCCGGGAUUGAGUGAAGCAGAUGAAAUUUACAAAAUAUGCAGUGUAAUUGGCAGUCCAACCCAGUAUUCAUGGCCUGAGGGCCUGAAUCUUGCUAAAGCUAUCAAUUAUCAAUUCCCUCAGUUUUCUGCUGCUGAUCUCUCUGCAUUGAUACCAUCAGCCAGUGAGGAUGCAAUCAGCCUUAUCAGAUCUCUUUGUUCAUGGGAUCCUGGCAAGAGGCCAACAGCGCUCGAGGCCCUUCAGCAUCCUUUCUUCCAGAGUUGUUUUUAUGUUCCACCAUCCCUUCGCUCUCGAACUACUGCUGGCCGGACACCGCCAUCUGUUGGAAUAAGGGCAUGUCCAGAGCAGAAAUGCAUGAGGAGAUAUCCUGGGGUGUUAGCUAAUUCAAAGCCUGUGGGCACCUUGCCAUCUGCAAAAUUAAAUGCAUUGAGUACAGGUGUGCAACGCAAAUUGGAAAUGGAUAGUUUGGAUGCUAAUAAGAAUGAUAAAUCAUUGAAGAGCUCUGCCAAGCUUCCAAAAUAUCGACCACCUGCCAGGAACAGUCCAACCUCAAAUUACAUGGGUAGGAACAUGAGCAGAGUGUCGGAAGCGGCUGAGAAGUUGGCUAACAUGACAGUGAGUUCUGGCAUGCAGUCGAUGAGGCGGCGGCAGCAGCAGCAGCAGCCACUGGCGCCUCCUAUGAAGGCCGGAGGAUGGCAUGGCCCAUCUGACUUGUUACUCGGAAGAUCUCAAGAGAUACAACCUGGCAGAACUUUUACCAGGAAGGUCGUGGGAUGAUAUGGUUCUUUGUUGUCAAGAACUGGAUUUAAAAUGGAUUAGAAGUAUUGGGAAUUAUGUGCUGAAUUUGGAUGCUGUUGUGUUAUGUUGGGUGACCAGGUUUUUUUUUUGGUUUUUUUUGGAAUGAACACUCUCGGCUGUCACACUUAGUCCUCGGCUUGUGGUGCUUUUCUUUUUAAUUGUGGGGAUCUUGGCAUCUUGUGCCACUGCCUAGUUGUCGUGAACUUUGAAUGGCACCCCUAAUAAUAUAUGUUCAAAACAUGACUAAACA